CGGGGGUCUGGCGGUGCUGCGGGGUUUACCGGUCGGUGCGGUGCGGCUCGGUUUGCGCUCAGCAGUUUGCGCAGUUUGUGCUCGCGCGCAACGCUGGCGCGGCGGACGGGCGCUGAGACCUGGCCGGUGUAUGAGGGCUGCUCCGCGGACCUCAGGAGGAUGUCCCUUUUUCAAGAGAGCCGCUGCCUCCGCCGCCGCUCCCGCGCGCACCUGGAAUACCCAUGCUCCGAGCGCCGAGCAGCCGCCCGAGAAAAGUCGUGAAAAGUCCGUCUCUCCUCGAGCGCGCGGGGCUCGCGGCAGCGCAUUCUCCGCACGCGGCCGAGCUGCUCACCUGCGAUCAAGGUACAGUACCGUGAGUCUCGUCCGCGAACCAGGAGCGCGUUCAUCACAGGUUCACCACAGCGUGGGGCGAGCAGGGGGUCCACACAGAGCCCCCCAACAAUCAGCAACACCGAGCCAGGUCUCAGGUGUGCUUGUCCUAUGAAUGGGGCUGAGCCGUGCCCAGCUCAGCUUCCAGUGCCCUGGUCAGGACUAUGCAGUGCCCUUGUGCCCUCCUGAAUGCAUUGGCCAGCGGUUUGCGAGAGCAGGGAGGGUGGAGGGGGUCACCGAGGGCGCGGUGGAAGCAGCGGAAUGCCCCCGCCAUUUCGGAUAGCGGUGCUGGGGGCACAGGGCGUGGGCAAGACGGCCAUAGUGCAGCGCUUCCUCCACGAUGACUACAGCGACGUGGCUGCGUCCAGCCGCACACGCCGGGUGCACCUAUCCGCCGCCGUGCUCAACGGCCACGUGCACGACUUGCAGAUCACGGACUACCCGGCCAUCAGCAGCUUCCCUGGCAGCUCCCUGCAGGAAUGGUCGGAUGUCUGCUGUCGAGGCAUCCGCAGCGCCCACGUCUACAUCCUGGUUUAUGACAUCUGCUGCUUCGACAGCUUCGAGUACGUCAAGACCAUGCGCCAGCAGAUCUUGGAGACCCGGGUGAUGGGGGCAACCGAGACACCAAUCCUAAUUGUGGGCAACAAGCGCGACCUUCAGCGAGGCCGGGUCAUCCCACGUCACAACGUCUCCGACCUGGUGCGCAAGAGCUGGAAGUGUGGCUACGUCGAAUGUUCAGCCAAGUUCAACUGGCACGUCCUGCUUCUGUUCGGUGAAGCUCUCCGCAGUGUGGGCUGCGUCCGCUGCAAACAUGUACACGCCACCAUCCGGUUCCAGCGGGCACUCAGGAGAGAGCGCUGCACUGUAAUGUGAGAGGUGCAGGUAUCAGGUCAUGUUAGGAGCAUCUGAUUUGCACCAAAGUGCAUCCACUACUGCAUCCACUCUAUUCGUCUGUGGUACAGCAACGUACACCUACAAGUAACAGUGCAUUUUGUUAGUUUGGAAUAGUCAAGAAUCUUGGUGAUUCUCUUUAAAAAACACCAAUUUUACCCAUUUAGGUUCAUUUUUUUAAAAGUGUAUCACAUGAAAAGUUCUGAGGAAUUAAAUUACUAGAAGAAAGAAAGGAGAAUAACCCAAGAAAUAUUCACAAUUUUGUUUUUGUGUCAGUAUUUCCAUCACAAUAAUGUACAGGUUCUCUUAACUUUGGCUUAAUGAUGAUUAUAGCUGUAUGAAUUAUCUGAGCAGUAUAGCAGGUUAAACUCCACCUGCAGAAUGCAUUGAGCUCGAACAUGAUUGUCAGGUCAGGUCUAGGUCGAAACAUGUUCUCACCACAAACAAACCUCUACAGAGUUUGGAACCAGCCCAAAGACCCCAAACCUAGAUGUCUCAGUCGUGGAGUUGUUUUGUUCCACAUCCAAGUGCAGUUAAUGUAUGCACACCUGCCAAAUGAAUUGCACAACGGUUUUAGCCUGUUUUAACGGGGAACCAAGCACUUUUUGGACUUUUUAAGGACAUCAUUACAGAGAUUAGGCGGGAGAUUAGAGCCUCUUGUAUGCAGAAACCAUGUUUUAGGCAAUUCGCUUUUUAAGUUGUAUGCUUCAUAAAAUAAAAGGGGUAAUCUUGGUGGAUUUACAAUGAUAUCCUAAACAUAAAAUUGACAAAAUGCACUACUACUUGUAAGUCCUUGUUUCAUGGAUUUGUAGCCAACAAAAUCCUAAAUUGGUAGCUAUCUUAUAUUUGCAGAUGUAACAGUGCCAUCUAUGAUUGCAUUUUUGCCAAGGAGCCCCAAGACGUGGAUGGUCUCAUCAAAGGACACUUGCUCCCAUCUCACAGACUGCUUUCUGAUGCCAAGAGGAAUCCUCAAAUGCUGCUUCCCUUAGGAAACACCCUGACUGACACGCCUUGCAGACGACUGAAGCCUCAAAUAUGAUCAGCUUUAAUAUUGUUAGUGUUGAAAAUGCAAAUAAUGAGUUUGAUUCAUGCUGGGACUACUUUAGGAAGCUCAACCCUGCUUUUGCUGGGCUUAUGUUGAUGGAUCUUCCAGUUCUAUUGAGCAAACAUGCGUCUCCCUCUGUAUGGAUGUAAUACACACAGGUGCAGUACACAAGAGCACAAAUAAACGUAUGUGUAUGCUCAAUGGA